UACGCAAGCGCACUGGGGUUCUCGGACGCUGGCGCCGCCUGGGGCCGUCACUCAGUGGUCCGCCAUGGAGGAUUCUGUUUCACGUGUGGGUGUGUUGGGGUUGCUUCUUGUGUCUGCACUGCCCGGGGUCCUCGGAGACCGCCCCAGCCCCGACCUCCGGGCACACCCAGGGGACCCCCUUCAGGUCGGCCCUGAGGCCGCGGAACCCCGGCGACGGCCUCCGCCCAAGGACCAGCGCGAGCGGGCCCGGGCCGGGGCUCUGCCUUUGGGGGCGCUGUACACCGCAGCUGUCGUGGCUUUUGUGCUGUACAAGUGUUUGCAGCAGGGAAAAGAUGACACUGCUGUUCUCCAAGAUGAGGCAGGCAAGAAAGAAUCCCUGCAUUCAGAACAACAGCUGGCCCAGUUGACACAACAGCUGGCCCAGACAGAGCAACACCUGAACAAUCUGAUGGCCCAGCUGGACCCUCUUUUUGAGCGUGUGACUACCCUGGCUGGAGCCCAGCAAGAGCUUCUAAACAUGAAGCUUCAGACCAUCCACCAGCUGCUACAAGAGAGCAAGCCAAACCAGGGUGUGGAGGUUCCAGAACCAGAGGCCAGCAUACCAUUUCCUGAGGACUUAUGUAUAGAGGAGGAGGAGGAGGAGGCUGGUGACAGUCAGGCCUGGGAGGAGCCCUUGAACUGGAGCACAGAGACAAGGAACUUAGCUACUCCCUGGGAAGUGGAGCAGGGGCUAAGGAGAAGAUGCAGCAAGGCUGUGGGAGGGGCCGCAGUCCCAGCCCCCGCCUGGGAGGAACGACAGCUGAAGGUUUAGUAAAACAAAGUCUGUUCUUGUGACUGGA